AUGGGGCGACUCCAGGCUCUCCUUCUACCUGCAGGGUUGAUUCUCCUCACAGCCUCUGUGAGUGUGUGUGAGCUGAGGUGUCGGCCGGGUGACAGCGGACCCUCGUUCGACUCUCUGCAGGAAGUGUUUGAAAGGAAACCGUUCAGACCAGCCGUUAACCUGAGCAACCCCACUAUCACCAACAUCUCCUUCACUCUCUACGCCGUGCUGGGGGUGAACGAGAAGACGCAGAUCCUCACCACGUUCCUCUGGCUGCGGCUGUACUGGUUCCACGAGUUUCUGAUCUGGGAUCCUGACGUCUGUGACGGAAUCACUAAAAUCUCCCUCCCCGUCAACAACCUGUGGAUGCCGGACAUUAUCGUUUAUGAGUUGUUAGUGUACUCUCAUAUGGAAGUUGGACCCCUUUGUCAGAUUUAUGUUGAUGAUGACGUGUCCCAAGCGUGUCCGUAUGUAUACGUUAAUCAUACGGGUCAUAUCCGUUAUGACCGGAUGCUGAGACUGGUCAGCGCAUGUAACCUGGAGAUCUUCAGCUUCCCGUUCGACAUCCAGAACUGCACCUUCACCUUCGGCUCCUACAUGCACACCAUAAAGCAUGUGCGGGUGAAGACAGCGCUGCCCUUUGAUGAGAUAUCCGGGAACUCUAAGCGGUACCUGGAGGCGAGCGGAGAGUGGGAGCUGGUGGAGAUUUUGGGAGAAGAAGGAAUUCUGAAGUUUGGAAUAGACGAGUGGGACAUCAUCACGUUUUGGGUGGUGAUAAAGAGGCGUCCGAUUCUGUACGUGGUGAACCUCCUCAUCCCGAGCUCGUUCCUCAUGAUCAUCGACAUCCUGUCCUUCUACCUGCCGCCGCACAGCGUGGACCGCGCCUCCUUCAAAAUGACCCUCAUCCUGGGCUACACCGUGUUUCUGCUCAUCAUGAACGACCUGCUGCCCAGCACAGCCAACGGAACGCCGAUCAUAGGUAUUUAUUUCUCGGUGUGUUUGGCUCUGAUGGUGAUCAGUCUGCUGGAGACGGUCAUCAUCACCAACGUUCUCCACCACAACUCCAUGAAGUACAGAGAGGUUCCACGCUGGGUGCAGGUUGUGGUUCUGCGGUACAUCGCUGGCCUCAUCUGCUACAGACGGCCCGAAGAACCGCCCAAAACAGAGCUGACCAAAACGGACAGCGGCGACCCCUGGACCGUCCACACUUCACACACAGCGUCCAGCCUGAGCGCAAACAGCAUGUGCGUGUCGGGUGGCGUGGCGGUUCCGGAGCUGGUGGAGAUCUGUGCGGAUCUGCGGGCGAUGAGGUCACACCUUAACGUCCUGCAGCGCGAGGAGAAGCUCCAGGAUCAGUGGUGUCACGUGGGCUACAUCCUGGACUUCCUGCUGUUCAGAAUCUACCUGAUCAUCAUCACCUGCUACGCCCUCGUCAUCAUCAGCAUGUGGUGCAUCUGGAUGUAUCACUGA